GCAGCUAGCACGUCCAGCCGUGUUUCGCUACCAAUCAUCUGCAUCAAACUGACAGUUAUCAUGGGAUUGAGUUGGAUUCUGGAAUUAAUCGCCUCCAGUUGGCAAAAAGCCGAAUUUUUGAAAUAUCCUUCUACUCUGUUGAACAGUAUGCAAGGUAGGUGCUAUCGAUUAUAGUUUAAAGUAAAGCGGCAUCGACAAGAAAUGAUCAUCUAAUUGAACUUCUAUUACUUUCUUGCAGGAUUUUUCAUCAUGUUGUGUUUCACCACUACAAAGAAAGUACGAGGGCUUCUCAAUGAAAAAUUUCGCAAAAGACGUAAUCUCGGGCGAAAUCAAAUUGAGCUACAAACAAGCAUGACUCGGUAC